AAUGCGACGCACUGUCCGGCAGCUGUCACCCGAUUGCCAAGAUGGCGGCUCCCAGGAGCUGCGUUCUAUGGAGCUACUGCCGUCGUGGGUCGUCGCGGGUGAUGCUGUGCUACGGGCUCCCCCGGCUUCGUAGCUCCUGGCCCGGGGUCCCGCUGGGUGAACGACACUUGUCACAAGGGAAGCGGGCAACGGAAACGCACUUCGGGUUUGAGACUGUGCCGGAGAAAGAGAAGGGGGGCAAAGUUUAUCAGGUGUUUGAAAGUGUGGCCAAGAAGUAUGACGUGAUGAAUGAUAUGAUGAGUCUUGGUAUCCACCGUAUUUGGAAGGAUUUGCUGCUCCGGAAGAUGCACCCAUUUCCUGGGACCCAGCUGCUUGAUGUUGCUGGAGGCACAGGUGACAUUGCAUUCCGGUUCCUUAAUUAUGUUCAGGCACAGCAUCAGGGAAAGCAGAAGAGGCAGUUAAGGGCCCAGCAAAAUUUAUCCUGGGAAGAAAUCGCCAAAAAGUACCAAAAUGAAGAGGAUUCUUUGGGCGGUUCACGUGUUGUGGUCUGUGACAUCAACAGGGAAAUGCUAAAGAUUGGAAAACAGAAAGCCUACGCUCAAGGAUACAAAGCUGGACUUGCUUGGGUAUUAGGAGAUGCUGAAGAACUACCCUUUGAUGAUGACAAGUUUGAUGUUUACACCAUUGCCUUUGGGAUACGGAAUGUCACACACAUUGAUCGGGCACUCCAGGAAGCCCAUCGGGUCCUGAAACGUGGAGGACGCUUCCUCUGUCUGGAAUUUAGCCAAGUGAACAAUCCUGUUGUAUCCAGGCUUUAUGAUCUAUAUAGCUUCCAGGUCAUUCCUGUCCUAGGAGAAGUCAUCGCAGGAGACUGGAAGUCCUACCAAUACCUUGUAGAGAGUAUCCGACAGUUCCCGUCUCAGGAGGACUUCAAGGAAUUGAUAGAAGAUGCAGGUUUUGAGAAGGUGACUUAUGAAAGUCUAACAUCAGGCAUUGUGGCCAUUCAUUCUGGCUUCAAACUGUAACUUCUGUACCAUCCUGGAGCAUGAGCCAGUCACAUUCUGUCGAAAGCCUAGAGCUUGAAGGAUAAUCUGGCUAGCGAGACCAGCAGACUAUCUCUUAAGGAUAAUUGCCUCGGACUCAUGUUCUAAUGUGACCAAUCUCCAAGUGGAAGAAAUGAAUUUGUCACCCUAUUGCAGCUUUCAUUAGGAGCUGCUUCAGGCCUUCUCCCAGAGCUAUUUGGUAGUUUUUCAACUCCUGCUAAUUUUUCUUGGCUGUGCAGUGUGGGGUUAAGGUAAAACCAUCACUAAAGCUCAGUUUUGAAGUGUGUUGCUUUCCUGCCAGUACUGCCUGCCAGAGGAAUGAUGAAUCAUUUGAACCAGAAAAUUUCUUAACUGUGCCUGAGUCCAGCUUUCAGCUUAGGACUAAGUCUGGGGCCAAAGGCCAAGGCUCAAGACAGCGAAGGCUAACAAUCACAUCUAGAAUUAUGCAGUGAACCACUAAAUGGGUUUACAAUUUGUAUGGUAUUUAUUUUUUCCUGAGGACGGUGAGGGAAGUACAUUGUCAUCAUUCUCAGUUCUACUGAAAAAUUGUGUCCUCAGUGCCUGUCACAAAGAAAACAACUCAACAAAUCCUUGUUCAAAGAAUAAAUGUACUAGCAAAUUCC